CUCAGAUUAGAAUGAUGACUUUAUCUGAUGCUCAAUAAGCCGUUGAACGUAGCCCAUGCAAAAGACCGUCAAGCUCAAAGAUGCAUCAAGAAGGGACUGUUUGAUUCGGCUGUCAAUCUAGAGAGAAAUAUCAUCGAAAAUCUUGAGGAGGCACUAAAAGAUUCUACAAAUCCACUAGCUGUACAGUCGAUUGUCGCUCAGAAAGCAAGACACUCAGCCACUUUAGCGAGACUAGAGAAAGAAAUCGGAGUUCGUGAUAGAGCAAGGCGCUGUGUGUUAGUCACUGACUUGCCCCCCACUGAAAUGAAUGAGAUUCCCCAAUUUGGAGGUAAAUCCGCCCCCGUCCUCAGCUCCUCCUACGGGCUCCCCUCCAACGCAUCAGACAAGGACCGCAUGAUCCUCCGUUUGCAAGACAAGGUGGCAAUCCUCACCUCCCAGCUAGAGGAAAGUAAAGCAGAGAACACUAGGUUGAGUGAGCGUGUUAAAGAGUUGGAGCGUAACCAGGGUAACCAGGGUAACCAUGGCAACCAGAGUAACCAGAGUUGCAGCACCACACAACUGUUAUCACCCCAUACUAGUUCAUACCACCAUGUCCCUCCACCUCCCACCCUGUUAGCUGAUCCUCAGGAUGCUUUUAGUCUCACCCCUCUGGAGCAGCCCCCUGUCAUGGACUACAACUUUAAGUGGUGAAAUAAUGAGAUAGUGAGAUAAUGAGAUAGUGAGAUAAUGAGAUAAUGAGUUCUCUGUUACCGGGCCUAAUUGUCUGUGUUUUGAUUGUUGGAAUAUUUAUUGGAAUUUUAUCAGUUUCAAGUUUGUUUGUUUUUUAAAGGUUUAAUCAUACAUUAUAUCUUGAAGUAUUGGUAUUGUAAUUUUGAUAGUUCAUCUGUCUGUUCUGAUCCUAAUUCCUACCAUAUAAUAUGUACUGUACAAUGUACAAUAUACAAUGUACAAUGUACGAUAUACAAUAGACAAUGUACAAUAGACAAUGUACAAUGUACAAUGUACAAUGUACAAUGUACAAUGUACAAUGUACAGUGUACAUUUUAGUGUUAUACCAUAUUAUAUAUAUAAUGUACAUGACGUGUAGAUCACUGAGUUACAGCCUCUGUUACUACUUUGUUUAAUUACUUAAUCAGAUUGUUCGCAUGAAAUAUUAUACUUAUUUGUGUUAUGUAUUAGUUAACGUACAUAACGUAUCCUCUAGGACUUAUUAUGAUAUGAUAAUUAUUUUUGUUAUUUUUGUGGUUUAAUUUGAUUCGUGAAUAAUGUAAUUGUUUUAUUUUCCGUAUUCUAUC